AUUAGGACUGACAUGGGGUGGGGCAUACUCCUGCAGUUCCUCGUGUGUUCUGUAUAUUAGAGGUGUACAAUGGAAUACAGGCUUUAUUGCAGCACCUCCAGGGAUUUACACAUAAGGCAUUAGGCUUUCGCAAGAUGGAUCUGACGUCAUCAAAGGGAAAAAGAUUAUUGUGAAAUUGGGGCAACAAUAAGAGAUAAUGACAGGUUUCUGGCACGGCCCGACAUCUCUUCCUUCUAGAAUACAGAUAUAAAAACCAUCCACAGAUUACGGAUUUAUUCCAUCCAGACUGCAGACAUGAGAUUGGUGGGACUGACACUAUCGAUCCUCCUGGGGGUGCUACUGCUCCAAGUGGUGACUGCAGUUAAACCCGGAUCCUGUCCAGUGCCACCUGAAAGAUGUUUAGUCGCCCCACGACUAGACGGCAUCUGUACCAAAGACCAACAAUGUCCCGGAAACAAGAAAUGUUGUGUCCGCGUGUGUGAAUAUGACUGUGUAGACCCUAAAAAAGUGGUGGUGAAACCGGGCACCUGUCCCGUGGUUAAUACCCUUGUAGCAUGUAAGCUCCCCAUCUCCAAUAACUGUCAGGGAGACUCGGAUUGUUCCGGGACAAAGAAGUGCUGUAACAUCGGCUGUUCUUUUGAAUGCCAGGAACCAGUGGUGGUGAAACCGGGCACCUGUCCCGUGGAUAAUACCCUUGUAGCAUGUAAGCUCUCCAUCUUCAAGAACUGUCGCGGGGACUCGGAUUGUUCCGGGACAAAGAAGUGCUGUAACAUCGGCUGUUCUUUUGAAUGCCAGGAACCAGUGGUGGUGAAACCGGGCACCUGUCCCGUGGUUAAUACCCUUGUAGCAUGUAGGCUCCCCAUCUCCAAGAACUGUCUCGGAGACUCGGAAUGUUCCGGGACAAAGAAGUGCUGUAACAUCGGCUGUUCUUUUGAAUGCCAGGAACCAGUGGUGGUGAAACCGGGCACCUGUCCCGUGGUUAAUACCCUUGUAGCAUGUAGGCUCCCCAUUUUGAAGAACUGUCACGGAGACUCGGAAUGUUCCGGGACAAAGAAGUGCUGUAACAUCGGUUGUUCUUUUGAAUGCCAGGAACCCAACAAGUGAAGUCACAGCAGGACGGGACGAGUCACAAGGUCUUCCAGAUGAUGAGAACGGCCUUAGUUCUUCUCUCCCGUGGGGACAUCACCCUGUCAAUGACUAAUAAUGACUAAUAAAUAACUAAUGACUAAUGUCAAUGACUAAUAAAUGAUCAUCCCAAUCUA